ACACUUUAAAUAGCCAGCACCUUCCCCUUCCCCCUCAGACAAUUCUUCUGCCCCGCUGGACUUCUGGCAGCAGCUUCACUAAGGUGGGAUGGAUAACAGGGUCUCAGGCACAACCAGUAAUGGAGAGACAAAACCGGUGUGUCCAGUCAUGGAAAAGACGGAAGAAGAUGGCACCCUCGAGCGGGGGCACUGGAAGAACAAGACGGAGUUUGUGCUGUCAGUGGCCGGGGAGAUCAUUGGCUUAGGCAACGUCUGGAGGUUCCCCUAUCUCUGCUACAAAAAUGGGGGAGGUGCCUUCUUCAUUCCCUACCUCAUCUUCCUCUUUACCUGUGGCAUUCCCGUCUUCCUUCUGGAGACAGCACUGGGCCAGUACACUAGCCAGGGAGGCAUUACAGCCUGGAGGAAGAUCUGCCCCGUCUUUGAGGGCAUCGGCUACGCCUCCCAGGUAAUCGUCAUCCUCCUCAACUUCUACUACAUCGUGGUCCUGGCCUGGGCGCUCUUCUACCUCUUCAGCAGCUUCACCUUCGACCUUCCCUGGGGCAGCUGCCGCCACGAGUGGAACACAGAACACUGCGUAGAGUUCCAGAAGACCAACGGCUCCCUGAAUGGAACCGCUGAGAACGCCACCUCCCCUGUCAUCGAGUUCUGGGAGCGGCGGGUCCUGAAGAUCUCGGAUGGCAUCCAGCACCUGGGCGCCCUGCGCUGGGAGCUGGCCCUGUGUCUCCUGCUGGCCUGGAUCAUCUGCUACUUCUGCAUCUGGAAGGGGGUCAAGUCCACCGGCAAGGUGGUCUACGUCACAGCCACAUUCCCUUACCUCAUGCUGGUGGUCCUGUUAAUUCGAGGGGUGACGCUGCCCGGGGCAACCCAAGGAAUUAAGUUUUACCUGUACCCAGACCUCACGCGCCUCUGGGAUCCCCAGGUGUGGAUGGACGCGGGCACCCAGAUCUUCUUCUCCUUCGCCAUCUGUCUAGGGUGUCUGAUGGCCCUGGGCAGCUACAACCAGUACCACAACAAUUGCUACAGGGACUGCAUCGCCCUCUGCCUUCUCAACAGCGGCACCAGCUUUGUGGCCGGGUUUGCCAUCUUCUCCAUCCUGGGCUUCAUGUCUCAGGAGCAGGGAGUGCCCAUUUCCGAAGUGGCCGAGUCAGGCCCCGGCCUCGCGUUCAUUGCCUACCCCCGGGCCGUGGUGAUGCUCCCCUUCUCUCCUCUGUGGGCCUGCUGUUUCUUCUUCAUGGUUGUUCUCCUGGGACUGGACAGCCAGUUUGUGUGCGUAGAAAGCCUGGUGACAGCGCUGGUGGACAUGUACCCCCGCGUGUUCCGCAAGAAGAACCGGAGGGAGGUCCUCAUCCUCGGCGUGUCCGUCGUCUCCUUCCUCGUGGGACUGGUCAUGCUCACGGAGGGUGGCAUGUACGUGUUUCAGCUCUUCGACUACUAUGCGGCGAGUGGCAUGUGUCUCCUGUUUGUGGCCAUCUUUGAGUCCCUCUGUGUGGCUUGGGUUUACGGAGCCCGGCGCUUCUAUGACAACAUUGAAGACAUGAUUGGCUACAGGCCGUGGCCUCUUAUCAGAUACUGUUGGCUUUUCCUCACUCCAGCCGUGUGCACAGCCACCUUCCUCUUCUCCCUGAUCAAGUACACUCCGCUGACCUACAACAAGAAGUACACGUACCCUUGGUGGGGGGACGCCCUGGGCUGGCUCCUGGCGCUGUCCUCGAUGGUCUGCAUCCCCGCCUGGAGCGUCUACAAACUCGGCACCCUCAAGGGCUCCUUCCGAGAGAGACUCCGCCAGCUCGUGUGCCCAGCUGAGGACCUGCCUCAGCGGAGCCAAGCAGCACCGCCCACUCCUGCCAGCCCCAGGACGUCACUGCUCAGACCCACAGAGCUCGAGUCUCACUGCUAG